AUGUUUGGUUCUACAAUGGAUAAUAGUCGUGGAAACAGUGCUGCGGCAGGGCAGAUACUUACUCCAACACGGUUCGUGUGGCCUUAUGGAGGUAGAAGGGUUUACCUAAGUGGAUCUUUCACUAGGUGGACAGAACAUGUGCCAAUGUCUCCAAUUGAGGGCUGCGCUACUGUUUUUCAAGUUAUUUGUAACUUGACUCCCGGAUAUCAUCAGUAUAAGUUUUAUGUUGAUGGGGAGUGGCGGCACGAUGAGCACCAACCAUUUGUAACCGGGAAUGGUGGAGUAGUGAAUACAAUAUUGAUUACUGGACCAGAUAUGGUUCCCACGGGUUUUAACUCUUCUAACAUGGAUGUGGAUGAUUUCUCCCAUCGAGCGGCUGAUCCAUCCCAGGAAUCUAUCCCUAGGGUGUCAGGAGUUGAUUUGGAAGUGUCUCGUCACCGUAUAUCUGUUUUACUGUCAACCCGUACUGCAUAUGAACUGCUCCCAGAGUCGGGCAAGGUUAUUGCAUUGGAUGUAACUUUACCAGUAAAGCAAGCAUUCCAUAUACUUCAUGAGCAGGGAAUCCCAUUAGCUCCUCUUUGGGACUUUGGUAAAGGCCAGUUUGUUGGAGUUCUUGGUCCACUGGACUUCAUUCUGAUACUGAGAGAGCUUGGAACUCAUGGAUCGAACUUGACAGAAGAAGAGCUUGAGACGCACACAAUAGCAGCAUGGAAAGAGGGAAAGGCUCAAAUUAGCAGACAAUAUGAUGGAAUUGGCAGACAAUAUCCGAGGCCACUUGUUCAGGUUGGGCCUUAUGAUAAUCUGAAAGACGUUGCCCUCAAAAUUUUGCAAAACAAGGUGGCAGCCGUUCCAGUUAUCCAUUCUUCUUUGCAGGAUGGGUCAUAUCCACAGUUACUGCAUCUUGCUUCGCUAUCAGGCAUAUUAAAAUGUAUAUGCAGGUACUUUAGACAUUCGUCUAGCUCUUUGCCAAUCCUUCAACAGCCCAUUUGUUCAAUUCCCCUGGGUACUUGGGUCCCUAGAAUUGGAGAAUCAAAUAGCAAACCUCUCGCGACAUUAAGACCAAACGCCUCUUUGGGUUCUGCGCUCUCAUUAUUAGUUCAAGCACAAGUCAGUUCAAUUCCAGUAGUGGAUGACAAUGACUCGCUUAUUGACAUAUACUCCCGAAGUGACAUAACUGCUCUGGCUAAAGAUAAGGCAUACGCACAGAUUCAUCUUGAUGACAUGACGGUUCACCAGGCGCUGCAGUUAGGGCAAGAUGCGAGUCCGCCUUAUGGAAUGGUCAACGGGCAGAGAUGUCACAUGUGCUUGCGGUCAGACUCUCUUGGGAAAGUGAUUGAGCGGUUGGCGAAUCCAGGAGUAAGGAGGCUGGUGAUAGUGGAAGCAGGGAGCAAACGUGUAGAAGGUGUCAUAUCUUUGAGUGAUGUUUUCCGAUUCCUGCUCGGUCUUUGACUAUACUCUCCACAACAAGCUCUGUUUUCUCAUUCCAUCAAAUCAAACUACCCAACAAUCUACUUUUUUUGUGUUUGUGUGGUCUUUGCAAGGAAUAUGUAAAUCUGCUACGAACCCCACUUCAUCAUUGUUUUUCUUCUAUUUAUUUUUGUUGUUUUUAGUUGAACUUGUUUCCUUCCAUUCUUGUGAAAGAUAAUUGCCUUAACGAAAUCUUUACUAGUUAGUAUCUCUU